UGAGGAUCACGUUUCUUCAACUUUUUAUAUAAUCUAGGCCAUCGUCAGUUCUGAGUCCGAUUGUCAGUAGUUCCCACGGCAUUCCCCCAAGUCCGUAGAAAGCUCACGUAGUUUGCGCUAGCCUUUCGGUCGCGCCUUUCCAAUUGGGAAGCGGCUUCCGCGAAGUCAGCAGUGUCUUCAGCAGUGUUAGCCUACGGUGUCACGUAAUUUUCUGUACAUCUAUUGCCCUUAACGAAGUCAUCAUAGAGUUUCUAAAGGCAGUGGUGGGCACCCUUGUGUCCCAGAUGCACGUCAGCGUGGUGUUUCCGAUCAUCCCCGCCCAAGAUGUCGAGGAGGUGCUCGGGGAAGUCGAGAGUUCGAGCUCGAGCGGCCACGGCACGGACGACGACCGCUCCGACAUAGACAGCGCCUCCGACGGGUCCGAGAGCGACGGUCGGGAAAGUCCGGAAAGUCUACAAGUUCCAGAGGAAAUGGCCGUGGCUGCCGUCAACUUGCCGAUGUCCUCUGCGGACGACUCGGUCUUCUCUGCGGACAACAUGUUCGGCGGGCAGGGGACCGCCGGGGGCGCGCCGUCGGCACCGGCCCGCGAUCGUACUUUCCUGCGGCCACUCUUGCACUCCGAGGGGGAGGAUUGGGGAGAGACCUUCAAAGAGAUGGACAAAUACCUUCAGCUGCCCGACCAGCUACUCCCACCCCCUGAGAAGAAGUCUAGGAGAGAGAGUGCCUCUGUCGUCGACGACUUUUUCAAGGAGGAACCCAAAGAUGGCAACAAAGAUGGUUCUCUAAACAUGAACGUCAACUUCAAUGUCAUCAUCCCAAACCAGAGCAGAGACUAUAACAACCUCAGAACAGGACUGGUCAGGCCCCGGACUCUAAACGUAAAGACAGAGCCCCUGCCAGCCUCCUGUGACUUCCAUUCUAACAGUUCCACUCCAAUCCACACCCCUCCGGCGGGAACCCCCAUCACAAGCUUCGCCUCCCCCAGCACACCGAGCACAUCCACCUUCGUAACACCAAGUCAACCAAACAACCCCGUCACUGCCCAGAGUCCGGGCGCAGGAAUCAGCAUGAACUUAGCAGCACUGAAUGUCCGCAUUAAGGAGGAGGAAGAACCAAAGUCGUGCAGCUUUCACAAGUCCGUGCCUGUGUCCAUGUACCACACGGCUCCCAGUGGGGGGGUGGCAGGCAUGGCUGGGGGCAGUGUCCAGUUCGCCUCCGUGCAGUAUCCAAUUCCAUUCGUAUCUCAACAGUCCGGCUUCCCCACACCUCCAAACUCCCACCCCGGUAGUCCGUCAGAAGCGCCCAACGCGCUGACGCCGCCCCCUCCGUAUUCCAUAGCGGUGGCGCAGCUUCACACCAACCCGUACGGCAACCUGGUGAUCCAGUCCCACGGACCUCCCAGCAAGUCCCCCCAAGGCCACCACCACCACCACUCGAUGUACAACAGGAAAAACAACCCAGAGCUGGAGAAGAGGAGAAUUCACCAUUGUAACUACCCAGGCUGCACCAAGGUGUACACAAAGAGUUCCCACCUCAAAGCACAUCAGAGGACACACACAGGUGAGAAACCAUACAAGUGCACAUGGGAAGGCUGCCAGUGGCGGUUUGCCCGCUCGGACGAACUCACCCGCCAUUAUAGGAAACACACGGGGGCAAAGCCAUUCAAGUGCCAGGUGUGCGAGCGAUGUUUCUCCCGCUCCGACCACCUCGCCCUUCACAUGAAGAGGCAUCAGAACUUCCACUGCUGAGAGAGUAUCACCAACAUCCUCCUCUGUACAGCUGGGUCACAAGGAGAAGCAUAUUUUGUUUAUAUGUAUUUUCUAAAUUUGAUACGGUAUGAAUGAUCUGUAAAGUUAUGUAAUGGUAAAUGAUGUGCUGUACUACAUGUGACCAGCACCAGAGGUGGAUUUGGUAGGUAACAAUAACAAAUAAGGUGCCUUAGCAACAAAACCCUGCUUGUACACUGUGCAUCAAUCUAAGGUGACAGGUUAAAAGCCUGGUCCAAUAUGUCUCUUGAAGGGUGCUGGAUUCAGUUGAUAGCCACAUCAGUACAUGUUUUGUACAUUUGCUUACUACAUUGAAGAGGGUCUCAAAUGUUUAUCCUGGUAGUGGAUGGAUACCUAAGCCGUAGCGAAAGACACCACCAGUUGUUGGGGACCCACAGAACAGUUAGUUUAUCCGUUAAUAUUUCUCCAGCAUGCCUACAGUGAAAUGUGUUGAGCUGUUUGCCAUAUUUGUCUUGGCAAUUUGUGUAGAAAGAAAAGAAAACAUCGACAUAUAUACUGAGUUAAGAUUUGAAGAGCAUGCGUGCGUGGGCGGUGAGGUAUGCAUGGCCUCGAGCCAUUUGUACAACCUAGUACAAAACACUAUGCAAACACCAUUAUAUGACUCGGGUGUGAAAAUACAAAUGACAACAUAAUAUUUGUUGCAAAGAGGAAUCUUGGAGAAACUUUUUACUGUCUCUGUACUGUGUCUACCUCUACGAGGUUCCAAAACAUCUGACAUUUGUCAUAACAAUUAUGCUGAUAGGAAAUAUGAAGGGAUAUUGUAUUAAGAAGAAAUGUUAUCUCUGUUACAGUUGCAUUUCCAGCAUAUUUUUGUGGGAGCCAAUGCUUGUAAUAAAAGCUCAGGAUUUUCUGUGACAAUCAAUUGUAAAAUAUUGUGGUAUGAAGGUAGCUAUGUAUCAAGCUCUAUGCAAUGAUGUGUUAGUUUUUUUAUAUAGAAAAAAAGCUGUAGUCUACAGAGAAUAUUGAAAUUUGCUAUCUGUACAUUUUGGAUGAUUUGUUUUCCAUCAAAGUUUUGGGUGAAAAAGAUAUAGAAUAGUUAUGUCUUGAAAUAGUACUGAAAAGCAGUAGCAUAUUUUAUAUAAUGCUAAGGUCUUGAGUAUUGUAUGAUAUGAUCAUAUCGCAACUUUUGUAUAGACAAACCAAUCCUUCUGUGUGAUCAUUCUACACACGAGUGCAUAAUGGAGAUUAUUUAUUAAGGAGCAAAUUCAAUGGUUGCAGAUGUAUCAUAUUGUUUGCAGAGAUAUCCUCAUGCCUCUUAUUCUUAUGUCUCGCCUCCAUAAAACAAACAAAAAAAGGAUUCCAUGGUUCUGUAUGAAGUAUCACUUUGUGCUUUCUACUAAGAAAUGUUGCAAUAAACUCUCCAAGCUCAAACAAGACUAA